CUUACAGGGACAUCUUUGAUAUCAGGAGUAAUAUUUAUAUUUGAGUGGUGGUACUUCCAUAAGCAUGGCACGUCUUUUAUCGAGCAAGUGUCUGUAAACCAUUUGAGACCACUGAUGGGAGGAACAGAGAGCAGGAUUUCGGAGCCAGUUUCUCUUUUCAGCAACAGACAAAGUGAAGCCGGCAGACAGAAGUCAGAAUGCAAGGUAUGGAGAAACCCUCUAAACCUUUACAGAGGAGCAGAAUAUAGGAGAUACACAUGGGUGACCGGUAAAGAGCCGCUUACAUACUAUGACAUGAACUUGUCGGCUCAGGACCAUCAGACCCUUUUCACCGGUGACACAGACAUCCUACGUCCUUCAGACACAGUUAUGCAGAAGGCAUGGAGGGAAAGAAAUCCUCCAGCGCGAAUCAAAGCAGCCUAUCAAGCUUUAGAAUUAAACAAUGACUGUGCCACUGCAUACGUUCUACUGGCUGAGGAAGAAGCAACAACCAUUGUAGAUGCUGAAAGAUUAUUUAAGCAGGCACUCAAAGCAGGAGAAACAAUUUAUAGGCGGUCACAGCAGUGCCAGCACCAAAGUCCUCAGCAUGAAGCUCAACUGAGGAGAGAUACCAGUGUACUGGUAUAUAUUAAAAGAAGAUUGGCAAUGUGUGCAAGAAAGUUAGGAAGAAUAAGAGAAGCAGUAAAAAUAAUGAGAGAUCUGAUGAAAGAAUUUCCUCCUCUUACCAUGUUGAACAUCCAUGAAAAUCUCUUAGAAUCAAUUUUAGAAUUACAGGCCUAUGCAGAUGUUCAGGCAGUCCUAGCAAAGUAUGAUGAUAUAAGCCUUCCAAAAUCAGCAGCAAUCUGUUAUACAGCAGCACUGUUGAAGACAAGGACUGUUUCAGAUAAAUUCUCUCCAGAAACAGCCUCUAGAAGAGGGUUAAGCACAGCAGAAAUUAAUGCUGUGGAAGCAAUUCAUAGAGCUGUGGAAUUUAAUCCUCAUGUUCCAAAAUAUUCUGAGAUGAAAAGUUUGAUUUUGCCUCCAGAACACAUUCUGAAACGGGGUGAUAGUGAAGCACUUGCCUAUGCUUUCUUUCAUCUUCAGCACUGGAAGCGAAUACAAGGUGCUCUUAAUCUCUUACAGUGCACGUGGGAAGGCACUUUUAGAAUGAUUCCAUACCCACUAGAGAAAGGACAUCUAUUUUACCCAUAUCCCAGCUGCACAGAGACUGCUGAUAGAGAGCUGUUACCUAACUUUCAUCAUGUUUCUGUUUACCCAAAGAAAGAACUUCCUUUUUUCAUCCAUUUCACAGCGGGAUUGUGUUCUUCUACAGCAAUGAUAGCCCUUCUCACACACCAGUUUCCUGAAAUCAUGGGUAUUUUUGCUAAAGCUAUUAGCUGGCUUUCUUCCGGCACCAGUGGUAGCCAGUCCUGGUUUCCCUUUUCCCUAAAGGUCAGCUGUGUAAUGUGUGAAGUUGCCACUGGCUGUAGGCCUAGGAGUCUGAGUCUGCACUGGGUUCUGAGUUAAGCUUCAAGAAGAAUGACUUUUCACUGUUCCGGGAGUAUAGAUAUUUGGGUUGGAAACUGACUGUUCUAUUUCCUUUAACUGUAAAAAAGAAGCUUAGUGAUUGAUUCUGCCAUAACUCUGUUGUUUGCAAUGGUGUUAAUUAGGGAGUGAGUGCAUCUCAAAGUGAAUUGACCUUACUGUGUAAUCCAGCAUGGAAAAG